AGCGCUGCAUCAUUGCUGACUUCCGUAGAGGCGGGCAAUUGCGUUACCAGAACAUCAUUAUGCGUCAUUAUCACUUAUCUCUCCCCCACUACAUUAUCACUCGACUCAUUGCCCAUCCGCGCUGAGUUAUCAGUCGAACGAUAACAGCUAGUAAUCGGCCUUCGGCGAGGUUGCAGGUGUGGCUAUCGGUGGAUGUGAACAACAGACAGAAGUCUGUGUGAAAUUGACUAUCAGCCAUAAACGAAUUAAAAAAGAAAUUCAGAACAAUUUAUAACUCACGAGGAUAAUUCUAUUGCUCGCGAUAAUUAAUUAUUCCUGCGGAUUGUGCAGUGAUAUUGUGUACAUAUAUAGUUAUUUUCAUUAUUAUUUAAACUCUGUAUUAUAUGUAUGUUGAUUGUAGCCCCGCGAAAGACAAUCUCUCAGUAUUAAAAUAUAUUGUAGCGGUCUUAAAUUCGACGGAAUAGUAAUUGGUGUAACUCGGCAAUCGAUGAAAGAAAAAAUUAAUUCUCGACUAACGUUAAUCAAACAGUGAACGCUUUCUACGCGUGCAGGCCAUCCGAGGUCAGAUAUUGAACUCUAAUUUCUGAUGAAUCAUCGCUAUUGUCUUUCACAUAUCAACAGUUUUGAACAUUCAGGAGAAAACUAUCGUGAAAAAUGCCGGACUCGAUCGUCUCCGUAGCUGUGGCCAUCGGCAGUGGUCAGACAUUGGUGAAAAUGGAUCGCAGUUUACCGCUGGAUGAGAUAGUAGCGGAUCUGUGCACGAGUCACGGUUUGGCAGGAGAGUCUCACAAGUAUGCACUUCAAAUAGCGAGACCGUCACCAAAGGCGAAUAGCCCUGCGAUAGCAAACCGCUACGUCACCCCAGUAUUAAUUUCUAAGGUCCUCGAUGGUACAGAACUGAGAUUGGUAUUCUCAGCUACAACGACCGUCCGUCUUCUCUUGGAAAUAAUUACCCAAGAACGGGGACCCAGGCGUAGAUCUGCCUUUGAGAAACUCGCGAACGCCUGCGAAGAUCCAGAAUUUUCCAGGUGCUUCGUUCAGGUCGGUGGUCCAUCUAUAAUCGUGGACAAUCUCAAAGCUGCAGCCGUCGGCGAAACCACGUCAGCAUUGGCCUGUCUCAGACUGUCCCUGCAACAUGGUCACCUUGAAAGUCUUUGUCACGUGGGUCUGGACAGGGUCGUCGCAGAGAUUGCCGGUCCGGGUGAGAGCGAAGCCCUGGGGGAAGCGCUGCUCAUCGGAUGUUUAAUUCUUGCUAAAAGCGAUCCCGAUCACGGAAAACUUUUACGAGCCACUCUGACGACGACCGAGAUCCUGACAUUGGUCAGAGGAAGGACACCCGGAGUUCAACUGGCCGUUAUAGGAUUUGUUAACGCGUUGUUACUCUCUUCAGAAUCAUCGCGACGUGACGAGGACUUGAAAUCACUUUCAGAACCCGUAUGGAGGCAAAUAAUCUUUCGGCAUGUUCUUGGAUCGGGACAACGUGUCCCCGGCGACGAUUUGGCCCAUCAGCUUCACGUCCUACAGACUGUACUUUUAAAUUCAAUACUGGGACAGAGUCAGAAGACGUUCGUUGAAAAUAAUCUUGAGAAUGGCAAAUCGCCCGUGUCUUUCUCUUGGCGAAGAAUGAGUACCGACACGGUUCUCGAUGCUAGUGAAUUACCACCGAUGUCCCCGAUUCUCAGCAGACAAAGUUCUACCAUCAGUUUGGACGACGUUUCUCAAAUUUAUAUGCCCUCUUUACCUCUACCCUCGCCAAAACCUCCCCCCACUCUGAAACGGUACUUCUCGGUGUUAACGGAUUCAAAUAACGCUCUAGUCAGCCGAUUGACCUUGGAUUGCCUUGAAUAUUUCUCACAACGGUAUAACGACAGUUACUUACAAGCUAAAGAAGAGGCUGAACUUCUUUCCGACCUGAAUCACGUCGCUCAGGACGUGGUCGAGGUCCUUUGCUCGGUGCUGAGGGUAGGUUCAGGCCAUGGAAGGACGUCCCGGAGAUAUUCACCUCUAUUUUUUAGCGCGAGAGAUCCGUUUUUCGAGGAAUUAUUCUGCCACGCCAUGUGGACAUUGGGAAAAACCAUCAGGGAUUUGAAGACUCGAGAGCCAGAGGAUCACAUCGUAGCACUUCGAGUUCUUCAUCGACAGCUAAAAGAAGCUUUAGCGGUACGACCAACGACUUUGUCCGCUUUAGCCGAACAGUUGAAAGAAAUUUCCGCUCAAAAGAUACAAGAAAUAUGGUCUACUGAGCAGCAGGAAAAAUUCGAAAAACUUUUGUUGACUCACCCAGCUAUCGUUGAGCUCAAAAAUCAAAUCAGACCCAGAGCUGUGAAGUUGGUGACGGUGCAAAGAUUGAACGCUCUGAAGGCUGGAAAUAAAUUUUCGAAACAGUUAGAUACUCUGAAAGCGCAGAAAGCAAAGAAUUGGUGGUUCGUUCAUCUCUCCGACGACGAGCGAGUCCUGAUCUACGGUGAUUGGGAUUCCGAUAGUCACCCGUACUCAAACUUGCAGAAGAGGAUCAGCUUGGCUUCCGCGACGGGAUUGGCGACAGGGAAGAGAUGUCCACAUGCCAAGGGCAGGAAAUACUCGGAGGAUAAGACUUUUUUUUCUUUACUUCACGAGGGCGGUUCUCUCGACUUCAUAGCACCGACUAAGGAGAUUUACAAUUUGUGGACCGACGGACUCACCGCACUGCUAGGACGACAGGUUUACAGCCCCGCGUUUCACAUGGACGUCGAUAUGAUCGUCGACAUGGAGGUGAGAUUGAGACUUCUGGAACUUGGCGAUGUUCCGACGCCUGUUUCCGUAGAUCCUCCACCCGUACCAUCUCCUCCGGAAAACUACGAAUUUAGCGGGGACAGUUUUGCCGUGUGAAACUGGAUAUUUCUAGAAUUCAGCUGGGAUUCUGCAGCCAACAUGAGCGGCGCUUCGAUAUAAAUUACAUUUCAAGAUUCGUAUGUUAUAAUGCCCGAAUCGAUUGGUGGAAAUUUGUGACGAGUUACCUAUGUGUAAUGGGGUUGCAAGGGGAAAAGAAAAAUGUUUGGUCUGGUUACGCCACGGCGGGUGGCGUAAAAUUGUGGAGGUGCCAGGUGUCGACGAAUAACGCGUGGGUAUUUGUAUUCAGAUGUAUGCAGAGAACUCGCAAAACUCUUCCUACUAUACACGACCAUAUUUAAUAUAAAAGUGUAACUACAGGAAUAUGCUAAAUUGGCUAAUAAUGCUCGUGUUCUUGCGGGGGUUGCACACGUCGCGUUGCGCGCUGCUCGAGGCUUUGCUUUGAAUUUAAACGUCUUUAAAAUAUAUCUACGCUCGCCGGAAAGCGUCUUUGUCUGCCGGGGAGAAUUUUGCUCCUUAGAUAGGUAUGUAUAAUGCAUAUAUAAUAUCGUAUAAACAGUAUACCUACUUCUCCGCGCAGCGAAAGUUCCGAGUAUUUUAUUCCACAAAAAUUUGCCCUCCAUGAUUUCGGGAUUAUUUCGGCACCCCACGAUUUCGUGUUUUUACGCGCGAGGGUAUCCGCCACACGCGUACCCGACGGCAAAUUACUCCAAUCACCUCGACGUUGCACUAAUUUUAAUUGGAAAAACGAUUCAAUCGAAGGUAAUUUUAAACGUAAUCGAAUUGAACGGUCGAUGGCGCGGUUAAUCUUCGUAGCUUCUAUAUCGCACACACAUUUAUAAAUCUGUGUAGUAUGCGUGCGCGCAACGUCACGACUGAAUUUGGACAAGGCGAUAUAGCUAUCGUUAAUUUUGUGUAUCAUCAUUAACGAUUGUAUUUUAAUAUACAUCACGAGAGCA